AUGAGCCAAGACGAUACUCUCAGUCAGAUGGAUGCCGAAAAGAAAUCAGAAGAGAUAAUAACUAGAAAGCCAAGCGUCGCAGAAGGUACUGUAACAUCUCACCAGGGAGCCAACCCUCCGGACUUCAACCAGCUCGCUAUCAACAAUGCAAUUGAAGCAAUCGGAAUGGGCCGCUAUCAAUGGCAGCUGAUGGUUUCUUGUGGAUUUGGGUUCAUUGCAGACCAGAUGCUGCUGGUCUCCAUCAGUCUGGUUAUGCCUCAAGCCUCGAAGGAAUUCGGCCCUCGAUACGGAACACUUCUUUCCGCCACACAAUAUGCAGGUUUAGGAGCCGGUGCUGUUGUCUUUGGGCUUAUUGCUGAUUUUACUGGCCGUCGUCUGGCGUGGCAGACAUCUAUCUUUGGCGUGUCUAUCUUUACUGCCAUCUGUGCCGCCUCACCCAACUGGGCUGCGUUGAAUAUUUUUGUCGUACUCGCUGCGUUUUUUGGCGGUGGGAAUUCCUGGCCGCUUGUAGUGAACUUCUGUUGCCCAGCUGGCGCCACUCCGGAAACGUGCACCAAAGCCAAUAAUAUGGGAUGGCGAUACUUGUACAUCAUUCUCGGUGGAUUAUGUCUCGUCAUGUCAGUUCUGCGUACUUUCGCGCUGGGGAUGAGCGAGUCACCCAAGUGGCUUGUAUCACGGGGUGAACUGAACGAAGCAGUGGCGUCCAUCAACACAAUUAGCAAAGUCAACAAAUCAACAUACGUAAUGAUGGUUGAUCAGUUACGUCCUCAUGAGCAGGACGAUUCUCAGAGUGCCAUCAAGAAAGCUGCCUCUAUGGUUGGCGCAUUAUUCCAUGGCUCAAAACAAAUUCGCUCCAUGAUAUGCUUGAUUCUCCUUUGGCUACUUAUUGGCAUUGCAUAUCCCGUCUAUACGGUGUUCCUCCCAUACUACCUUGAAGCGCACGGAGCGACAUUAGGCGAUGGAAGCACGUAUCAGACCUACCGCGACUGGUCCAUCUCCUCGGUAGUCGGAAUCUGGGGACCAAUCCUAAGUGCCUUCCUUGUGCAGGUGCCUUUCCUCGGACGUCGACGCUCAAUGACGCUGACGGCCUGCGCCUGUGCCGCCUUCGCGGGCGCCUUCACAACCGUCAAGAACGAGUCACAGAACCUGGCCUUUUCCUGCAUGAUUAACUUUUGGCUCAAUGCUCUAUAUGGCAUCAUCUACGGGUAUACGCCAGAAAUCAUGCCAGAUGCAUAUAGGGGCAUUGGCUGUGGCCUGACCCUCGCCUGUGGGCGGAUUGCUUCUCUUUCGGCUCCAUUCAUCGCGACCUUCGGGGAUGUCACGACGUCUGUGCCUAUUUGGGUCUGUUGUGCGUUCUUUGUGGUUAUUGGGUUUGUGUCACUGGCUUUGCCGUUCGAACCAGGAGAUUCUUGA